AAUUGAGCUAUUAGUAGUUUAAUUAUGACGACUUUUGAAUCAAUGAGAGAAUAAACUUGCAUCCAAACGAAUUGAAAACGAUCUUUUCCCCAUUUAAAUUUCGCGCUCGCGUAAAUGGAUGUCGCUGCGUCCGUCGAACGAGGCACCGCCAUGUUGAUUGGUCGGAAAAGCUAGGCCGGAUCUGGGAAGCUAGCAAAAGGUCCGGGCUUUCGACUAUCCAGUUGCUAGCGGCUGGUCAGUGGGUUUGUACGCUUGGAACUUUUCGUUGAUGAUUGUGUAUAUACGUGCGCGUGUGUGUUUGUGCGUGUGCAAGGAGAGUGUGACCAGAGAACAAAGGCGAAGCAGCACCAAGCACCUUUGUACCUAUCCGGACAAAAGCGGACUGGAAUCAAAGAACGUCACACGUACGCAAAGGUAUCCAAUGUGACCAGUGCCAAAGUGCUAAAAACGACUCGCGAAGGAAACCGAUAUUUUUCGAUACUUAGCAUCCACGCAUGGAAUCUCUUUAUAACUACAAGUGAGUCCUACGUACGACAUAUAUUUCAAGGAUCUCGUACGUUUUCUUUUUUUCUCUCUUCUUAGAUUGGUCUCCACCUCUGUUCGUCUCUCCCCCUCUUCCUUCCCCUCCUGAGGUCUCUCCCCGUGUUGGUCGGUGUUUCGCCGCGACGUUCCUCGUGGCGUGCGCGUUCCCGAAGACACCGUGGCCGGACCUUCGGCGACACUGCGGUCGUGCGACGCGGACAAGCGUGUCUCGGACAGCUAGGACGCCGGGAGACACAGGUGCAGGUGCGGGUGCGUGGACUGUAUACACACAGCUACUACAUAGCGGUAGUGUAGUAGUAGCAGUCGGGACGCGAGGACGUGGGCUGGAACGGCAUAGGUGUGCGCAAGUUUUGACGAUACGGUCGCCGCCAGUGUCAUUAGUUACCGUGGCAGAAUGGACGGUAGCACGGGCUCGCCGUCGGACGUGACGGCGAUGGGCAACAGCGAGAACGACGAAAGAUCGAAGGUGCAACGAGAUACAGACGACAUCGUCGGUGGUGGUUCAUCAUCAGGGACGGCCAACACCACCACCACCUCCGCGUAUUCCACGGCGACGCAGAGUGACCAGCCAUCGGAAUAUUGCGGUCAAGGCUCAAUAAGGGCUAGCUCCGCUUCACCGCUCCCUACGAGCUCCUCCUCGCCGUCUUCGUCAUCGUCGUUAUUGUCGCCGUCGUCCUCCUCCUCCAUCUCCUCCUCCUCUUCCUCUUCCUCCUCCUCCUCCACGCCGCCACCGCCACCGCAGCCGGGGUGUGGCUGCGUCGCUGCCACCGUCCUCGAGCCCGACGAAAUUACCAUCAGCAUCACGCCGACCACUGGUGGACAGUUUGACCUCACGGUCGAUCGGACGGAUACUGUCGAAAAUCUCAAGAAGAUCAUCUCGAAAAGGCUGAAGGUCGCCAAGGAACGUAUUUGUUUACUACAUCGUGAAAGGCAACUGCGCGAGGGCACGCUCGAGGAAAAUCGUUUGCAAGAUGGCAGUAGGCUUACGUUGCUGCCGAGCGUGGAAACCGGCCUAUUGGCACAACGACCGGAGCAGAGCGUGAUGCAGGCGCUGGAGAGCUUGAACGAUUCUCAGGUGAAUGAUUUUCUAUCCGGCAAGGCUCCCCUGAAUCUCACCAUGCGACUAGGGGAUCACAUGAUGCUGAUACAACUGCAGUUGUCCACUGUGACACCAGCCUCGCCGACGGCCAAUCAAACGGCCAACAAUACCACAGGGGGGCUGACUAUUGGUGGGAAUAGCUCGAACGGAUCUAAUUUACCCACCAGCCAUGUUUCGACUUCGUUGCAAAGUAGACGGUCCACCGUGCUGGCUGCACGCUCGGCCAGUAGCAGCGCCUCCGCGAAAUUACAAAAUGGAGCGGCUGCGAGGACAUCCUCUUUGAUAAGUAGCCUGGCCUCGGCAUUGCACGCAGCGGCCAGCUGCAGCACCAGCCUCUCAACAGCGACAACGACCACCAGUCCACCAGUAUGUUCAAGCCGUGCCGCAACUGCCUCCUCCUCUGUCUCCUCCUCGCCCUCCUACUCGCCGAUUAGCCCGACACAUUCGUCCUUCUGCGCCAGCCAAACGUCGUCAUCCGCCCGUACUGGCAGCAGCAGCCACGGCUCAGUGUCACCCAACGGGAACUCCAACGCCUGUCAGUCUUGCCUUCUCUACCAUCAUCACCACCACCAUCACCACAGUCACCACCACCAUCAUCAUCACCACCAUCACCACCAUCAUCACUCAAGAAACAAAUCUACUAAUUCGUCCAAUAGUUCCCAAUCUUCAUCCUUUUCAUCCUCUGUGGACCACUUGCAACAACAAUCUACCUCUACCGGGCACGGAUGCACGGAGUCGUUGCCCUACGACGUAACCCCGCCGAGAAAAAAGCUCUGCACCGCUCAUCACCACGGCCAACAGCCGGCCAAUGGUGCAGACUCCACCAGGAGUAACAGCAUAGAUGGCGACAGUAGCCCUCAAAGUCCUACCUCCACGCUGGCCGAGCAGAACUCCAAGGCCGCGACCUUGGACACCAGGGCGUUGGCUGAAGCUUCUCGUAACUUGACGCAGAAACUUAAGCAACUCUCCUCUGAGGUACUCACCUCUCGGGUCGACCUCGCAGAGGAAAACGCAAGACGCAGACAAGGUGCAAUAAUAGAGAGUAUGCAUCACCAUGGGAAGGGUGUGUACUCCGGUACAUUCAGCGGGACCUUGAAUCCAGCUCUACAAGACAGACACGGUCGCCCUAAACGAGAUAUAAGCACCAUCAUUCACAUUCUUAAUGAUUUGCUAUGUGCCACGCCAGCUGCCACUGCUGGUCAUUACAGGCAUCAUCACAGGCACUCUAGCAAUCGUCAGCAGUCUUCAACCUCUCCGUCCUCAAGUGGAUCAACAACCACUGUGAACGGUGCCUCAACACCUGUUAUUGGUUGUCAUGAUACUUCUAAUCCUGGUUAUUCUACCGAGGAAUUGUCAAAGGAGAACGAAGCAACUAAAGGAAAGAUGAGACGUCUGCGUUUGGUGAUGGAACAACGACGCGCAAAGAGAAAAGCUAGGAGACAAGCAGGAGCUGCGCCAUAUACCACGCAGUGGGCGGCGGUGACGCCGGAUCCAGAUCCAAACCAUGAUCCGAAUACAUCUGGUACCGGCACCGCAAACGCAACGGAGCCUCAGAAUGAGCCCGACUUGCAACCCUGCAGCCCUGAACCAGUCGUAGCUUGAACCGGUCGAUUAAUCGGCAGGAAGAGUAGUAAUUGUAUAAUGCAAACUCGGUUUUUAACUAGUGCACUGAUUUAUUCAAGGAUAAGUGGGCAAAACUAUCGCUUCUCACUGUAUAUUCCCUUCCUCGAGUCGCCAGGAAGAGUCUUUCGUUUCGACAUGCGUAUCGUAACUAGCGGAAUUUUAAUCUUCUUGUUUAUACUAGAGAAAGAAAGAGAGAAAGGAAUUGGGAAAAAUAAAAUAUCUCCGAGUUAUUUUAAAUACGUUCACAAAACGGCGGAUUGAAAGUAGCGCUGUUUCAUCACAUCUUCGCGCUGAAAUGUUGCAACGAAAACGGAGGAGAGACUUGUUGGGAAGUUGUAUAUGCUGUAGCUGUGCACGUGUGCGACAUUCUACACACAUGAUCUUCAGUAUUGCCUAUGAUACUUCAGUCCAAAUAUACUGUCGGAACUUUAGAAAAAGAGUCCUGCAAAAUGCGAAACUUGAACGAAGCGGAGAAACUUAGCAAUAUUGUAUAACGGAACGGCGUGCAAUGUUAGGCAUGAUAUAGAAAUUAUUAAAUAGAAGUUUCACAGGAAACGCGUGUACAUCUUUGCUGGGAGAACUAUGCUAUAUUUAAUAGAGAAGAAAGAUUCUAACGUAAAAUGUAAACUGAUCGCAUUCAAGAAUUGGCUGCAGUGGUAGUAUCCGGGCUGCGGAAAUUUUCUUCUUAUUUGCAUUUUCAGGGGUAUUUUAGGUCGCUGGAAACGAAAAUGAAGGGUUUUGAAAAUUUAAUCUGAUAAACUGGGAAGAGGAGGUAAUCUUGGAUCGCUAAACACAGAAAUGAUGGUCAUUUAUGACACAAAUAAAUGUUUUUGAAAAACGAGCAGCUUCUUUUAAAGAAAAGUAUGGAUAGACCGAUUUUUUAAAAUUCAUGCCAAAAAUGAUCUUUAUUUUUGUCCUUAGCAAGCUAAAAUAACUACGAGAACAAAUAUUGAAAUGAAACUUUUACGGACUACUAUUAAGUUCAUUUCCAGGAAAAAUGACCAUUAUUUUCGUUUCUAGCAACCCAAAAUAUUUGCAAAAGCACAAAUUUGGGAAAAAAAGAUUUUUGCAGCCUAGAUAUUAUAGUACAUCCAAGAACUGUGUUUUGGCUAUUACUCAGGACUUGAUCAUAGCUGACAAUAAUUACACUCAAUGAAUGAAUCAGUGUAACCAGCACAUACAGAACAGAGAAGAAAAAAAACGACGGACGAAUAAAACUACGUAAUCCCUUAUAUUGAAGAAGAGGAAAAAAAAAAGAUGAAUAAUACGCUAGAAAAAUUUUGUCGAUAGAUCUAGAGGAGUAAAGGGAAAAAAAAAAGAGAUCAUCACUUUGAUCAUUAAUUAAUUCCUGUUGCUAUCGCCCGUAUACUCAAAUUUAGUAGACACGAGUAGAUACUUUUGAAUUCACAUUUAUUCCCGAAUAGCAGGGAAAGACUGUUACAAAAAAAAAAAAAGAGAAAGCGACGUUUAGUCACGAGAACUUUGGAACUUGGUGCAAGGAGAACGAAAAAUUCAUUUUCUUUUCUUUUUCCCGACAGGACAUUCACGCCUGUCGACGAGCUGAUUGAAAUUGUAUCAGAAUGCAAAACCUCUAUGCAAGAAGUGCACUUUGUACGAUAUAGUCACCCGGUAUAUUCGUAUAAACGUUUUCCCUGUCGACGAAUAGCGAGACGAAGUUGAUUCAACACGCGAUGAAAAAAUUGUCUUUCUUUGAUUUAUCUGUAGAAAAGUUAUCUUUGGACAGUGACAUCGCUUAACGUAUCGAUAAAAUUUAACACAUGACAUAUGAUCAAUCAGUUCACGCAUCGAUAAUCCUCAUAUCAGUUCUGACGGAUGUAACCACCAGAAAAAAAAAAAAGAUGAGAACAGACUAGAUUUUUAACUUGGAAAUAUUGAUUCGUAAGCUUGAUUGUAGUAUCAUCGCUUUCGAGACGAGUAAAAAAAAAAAAAGAGUGCAGAAAAGGAAAAGAGAGGAACAGGAAGCAUGUGGAUAUAAAAAUGGUCCUAUAGUUAGAAUUACAUAAUAUCGCAUGGCUCCGAUGCCAGAAUUCAUUUAAGUUUCACUAGGUACUAAAUAAUAUAACAUUAUCUGAUAAAGAAUAGCAUAUUGUGUUUAAGUUACUUAGGUGAAGAAAAAAAUAUUAUUACUAUUAUUAUAUAUUAUUAUCAUUACUAUCGCUACAGUUUUACGAAACUGGCUCAAUAUUGUAACAUAUGAUUAUCGAAUUUUAUCGAGUACCAAAAUAAAUAAGAUUGCUUGCUAAGCUAAGAAAAAAAAAAAAAAAAAUGAAUGGAGUCUAUCUUCAAGUCUUGUUUGAAUGACAUCAUCUGUUGAGUGUUUGUUAUUAUUGUUAUCGCUGUUUAUUGCUUAUGUAAAGAGGAAAACUGUCCCCGAUGCUGUUUUGUUCUACGUUUUAUUAUAUUGAUUAUUAUUAAUUUUUAAGUUAACACGAUGUGUUCUUUUUUUUUUUGUCUUGAAAUUAUACGAUUCGUUUUCAUUUGUAAGGAUUAUAUAAAUAUAAAUAUGAUUUAAGAUAAACUUCGGAAAAAGAAAAAAGUAUAAAAAUGAUUGAAAUUAUAUCCAUUUCCAAAUCGUUUAUUUAAAUUAUGUUUUGAAUCUUGAAAGGGUAGAAAUUUAUUAUUGACGCUUAAAAAACUACAUUAUCAUAGUUUAUACAAUAUAACGAAUUGUAGUUACACCCAACAGACUUCGUGACAAUACAACCGUUAUUAUAUAUAUAUAUAUAUA